AUGUCUCUACCUGCCCUCCAAGACCCGUCAUUGAGGGACCUGGGUUCUAGAUUGGAGUCUACAGUAAUUGCGUCUGGAGCUUCAGAAACACCAGAUGCCUACAGAAGAUUGUUUUUGAGAUGGAGAGAUUUUGCCUGCUCUAGAGACGUAAUUCAGGUUUUUCCCGCCAGUACAGAGCAUGUUGCCCUCUACCUCCAGUACCUGUUGGACACAACUCGUUCUCAUUCUGCUGUGGACUCUGCCAUUCAUGGAAUCCAAGGGGUGCAUAACUUGGCUGGCAUUUCUUCGCCGACUGACAGUCCUUUCAUCCAAGCUGUUAUUAAUGCCGCCAAGCGGUUGACUGGA